GUCUGUACUUACAGAAGAUAUUUAAAAACAAACAGACUUUUUUCAAAGAUUUUGAUUCCAGUGGAAUCUGUGCUUUAGAUUUUUGUCUUGUCGAUUAACUCCUGAAGCAAUGCCUGUACAAGCUCCACAAUGGACGGAUUUUCUCUCCUGCCCAAUUUGCACACAGACUUUCGACGAAACAAUCCGGAAGCCCAUCAGCUUGGGUUGUGGCCACACCGUCUGCAAGAUGUGCCUCAACAAGCUCCACCGUAAGGCAUGCCCUUUUGACCAGACCACUAUCAAUACAGAUAUUGAACUCCUUCCUGUGAACUCAGCCUUGCUGCAACUAGUGGGUGCUCAGGUUCCUGAGCAGCAGCCAAUUACUUUAUGUAGUGGAGCUGAAGAUACCAAGCAUUAUGAGGAGGGCAAGAAAUGUGUGGAAGAAUUAGCAUUGUAUCUCAAACCACUCAGCAGCGCGAGAGGUGUUGGUCUUAACAGUACUACUCAGAGCGUGCUAAGUCGUCCCAUGCAAAGGAAACUUGUGACACUAGUUCACUGCCAGCUAGUGGAGGAAGAAGGGCGGAUCAGAGCCAUGCGUGCAGCGCGGUCACUUGGUGAAAGAACAGUCACAGAGCUCAUUCUUCAGCAUCAAAAUCCUCAGCAGCUCUCUUCUAACCUCUGGGCUGCAGUGAGAGCCAGAGGGUGCCAGUUCCUUGGACCAGCAAUGCAAGAGGAGGCUUUAAAGCUAGUUCUACUGGCUCUGGAAGACGGAUCUGCUUUGUCACGGAAGGUCUUGGUUCUCUUUGUGGUUCAGAGGCUGGAGCCGCGAUUUCCUCAGGCUUCUAAAACUAGCAUUGGGCACGUUGUCCAGCUGCUUUACAGAGCCUCGUGCUUCAAGGUGACAAAACGAGAUGAGGAUUCCUCCCUGAUGCAGCUGAAAGAGGAAUUUCGGACUUACGAAGCUCUGAGAAGGGAACAUGAUUCCCAGAUAGUUCAAAUUGCUAUGGAAGCAGGUUUACGCAUUGCACCAGAUCAGUGGUCCUCACUGUUAUAUGGAGACCAAUCUCACAAAUCCCAUAUGCAGUCUAUCAUUGACAAGUUGCAGACCCCAGCCUCGUUUGCACAGAGUGUUCAAGAAUUAACUAUUGCUCUUCAGAGGACUGGAGAUCCAGCUAACCUGAAUCGUCUUCGACCUCACCUAGAGCUCCUGGCAAAUAUUGAUCCCAGUCCGGAUGCUCCACCUCCAACAUGGGAACAACUGGAAAAUGGACUAGUUGCUGUGAGGACUGUGGUUCAUGGCUUAGUUGAUUAUAUCCAGAAUCACAGCAAGAAGGGAACAGAUCAGCAACAGCCUCCUCAGCACAGCAAGUACAAGACAUACAUGUGCCGAGACAUGAAACAGAGAGGAGGAUGCCCCCGAGGGGCCAGCUGCACCUUUGCACAUUCACAAGAGGAGCUAGAAAAAUUCCGUAAAAUGAACAAGCGUCUGGUUCCCAGAAGACCCCUGAGUGCCUCCCUGGGCCAGCUGAAUGAGGUGGGCCUGCCUUCAGGAGCUAUCCUCUCAGAGGAAGGGGGAGUGGACUUGCCCAAUAGGAAAACUUCUGCUCUGCCAAAUGGAAUUGUGUCAACAGGCAGCACCGUGACGCAACUUAUUUCUCGAGGGACUGACUCCGGUUACGAAACUGCUUUGAAGCCAGGGAAGAUGGACCAUCUGAGUAGCAGUGCCCCUGGAUCCCCUCCUGACUUGAUGGAAUCUGUCCCCAAGAGCUCUAUUUCUGCCUUACCAGUGAACCCUCACCCUGUGCCCACUCGGGCACCAACAGAUCUGCCUUCGGUGUCUGUCACCAAGCAGUUGCAAAUGGUACCACGAGGGUCUCAGUUGUAUAAUACACAGCAAGCAGAUAUGUUUUAUCAAGAUCCUAGAGGAGCUGCCCCACCAUUUGAGCCAGCACCCUACCAACAAGGAGUUUACUAUCCCACUCAGUCCAUGUCUCGCUUUGUCCGACCUCCUCCAUCAGCUCCUGAACCUGGUCCGCCUUAUUUAGACCAUUACCCACCCUAUCUUCAGGAUCGUGUGGUGAGCCCACAGUACACGCAGCCGCAGCAGUAUCCUCCUAUGGGACAACCCAUAUACCCACCGCACUACGACAGCCGUCGCGUAUAUCCCCCUGUCCAGCCGUAUCAGCGAGAGGAGAUUGUCCGAGGAAGCCCUGUACCCAUUGAAAUUCCACAAGCAGCUGUACCUUCCUACGUACCUGAAUCCAGAGACAGAUACCAGCAAACAGAGGGUUAUUGCCCAGUGGCUCCACAUCUCUCUCAGAUCAGACCUUCAUGCCACAGGCCGCAUCCCAGCCUGGAUGAACUUCACCGACGAAGAAAAGAGAUCAUGGCCCAGCUAGAAGAGAGGAAGGUGAUUUCUCCACCUCCUUUUGCACCGUCACCAACCUUGCCCCAUCCUUUUCAUUCAGAGGAGAUUUUUGUGUUUGUACAGUACUUGGAUGAAGAUCUGAAAGUAGCUGGGAAAUACAAAGGAAAUGACUAUAGCCAGUACUCUCCCUGGUCCUGUGACACCAUCGGCUCCUACAUUGGAACCAAAGAUGCAAAACCCAAAGAUGUUGUGGCAGCAAGGAGUGUGGAGAUGGCGAACGUAGAUAAUAAAGCCAUGCGUGACCAGCGAUUAGACAUGCAGCGAAGAGCAGCAGAGACUGGUGAUGAUGACCUCAUUCCAUUUGGAGACCGACCAACUGUGUCGAGAUUUGGGGCUAUCUCUCGUACUUCCAAAGCGAUGUACCAGAAUUCUGGUCCCAUGCAGGCCAUGGCGGUUCAGGGAGCUACCACCAAAUCAAUCAUUUCAGACUACAGUCCUUAUGGAACUCACGGUGGCUGGGGAGGCUCUCCAUAUUCUCCUCAUCAAAAUAUACCUUCUCAGGGACGUUUCAAUGACAGGGAGAGACUGUCCAUGUCAGAUGUGGCUGGUCAUGCGAAACAGUUGCCCUCAGCUGAACGAGAGCAGCAGCUGCGCAUGGAGCUGCAGCAAGUAGACCAUCAGAUUAGCCAGCAGACACAAAUGCGAGGACUAGAGGCUGUUAGUAACAGGCUGCUGUUACAGAGGGAGGCGACUACCCUGGCAGGCCAACCACAGCCCCCACCCCCACCUCCCAAGUGGUCUGGGAUGAUCUCAAGUGAACAGCUGAGCUUGGAGCUACACCAGGUGGAAAGGGAAAUUGGGAAGAGAACCCGUGAGCUGAGCAUGGAGAGCCAGUCUUCGCUCGAUAUAAAAAACAAACUGGGCACCACUAAACAGACAGAAAAUGGACAAUUAGAACCGCAAAGCAAGGUUCCAGCUGAGGACCUCGCACUGACAUUCAGGAAAAUGCAUCUUUUUGUGGUGUGUCUCUUCAGUGUCUGGGGUCUGGCUGCCCCUGAGCCCUACGUCGUGGAAGACGUCUGCACUGCGAAGCCACGCGACAUCCCGGUGAAUCCCAUCUGCAUCUAUCGUAACCCCGAGAAGAAGACCCAGGAGGGCGAGGGGCAAGAGCCAGGGAAGGGCAAGCUCCCGGAGUCUACUAACCCCCGGGUCUGGGAGCUGUCGAAGGCCAACUCGCGCUUUGCUGUUGUCUUCUACAAGUACCUGGCUGACUCCAAGGACAAUGGGGAAAACAUCUUCAUGUCGCCCCUCAGCAUUUCUACAGCCUUUGCCAUGACCAAGCUCGGAGCUUGUGGUAACACCCUCCAGCAGCUCAUGGAGGUCUUCCGAUUUGACACCAUUUCAGAGAAGACGUCUGAUCAGAUCCACUUCUUCUUUGCCAAGCUGAACUGCCGGCUUUACAAGAAAGCAAAUAAAUCCUCAGAGCUCGUAUCAGCCAACCGCCUCUUUGGGGAGAAAUCUCUGGUCUUUAAUGAGACUUACCAGAACAUUAGUGAAAUAGUUUAUGGAGCGAAACUCUGGCCCUUGAACUUCAAAGAGAAGCCAGAACUUUCCAGGAAGAUCAUUAAUGAGUGGGUGGCUAAUAAGACAGAGAAGCGCAUUACAGAAGUGAUCCCGGAAAGAGGUAUUGAUGAUCUCACUGUCUUGGUCCUGGUCAACACCAUUUAUUUUAAGGGGCACUGGAAAUCGCAGUUCCCAGCUCCAAACACAAAACUGGAUUCAUUUCAUAAAGCUAAUGGUGAGACCUGCAAAGUCCCAAUUAUGUACCAAGAGUCCAAAUUCCGCCAUGCGUCCAUCCCCCAGGACAAAGUCCAGGUGCUGGAGCUGCCUUACAAAGGGGACGAUAUCACGAUGGUGCUGGUGCUGCCCAACGCUGGGACACCGCUGGUGCAGGUGGAGCGAGAGCUGACAUCGGAGAAGCUGCAGGACUGGAUUGACUCCAUGACGGAGGUCUCCCUCUUUGUCUACGUCCCUCGCUUCCGCAUCGAGGACAGCUUCAGUGUCAAGGAGAAGCUGAGAAAAAUGGGGCUGGAAGAUCUCUUCAGUCCAGAAAACGCCAGACUCCCAGGUAUCAUUGCAGAGGGCCGUACAGACCUGUACGUAUCUGAGGCUUUCCACAAAGCCUUCCUCGAGGUGAAUGAAGAAGGCAGCGAGGCAUCAGCUGCUACAGCUGUCACCGUCUCCGGCCGUUCCUUCCCCAUGAACAGAAUCAUCUUCAAUGCCAACAGACCUUUCCUGCUUUUCAUCCGGGAAGCCGCCCUCAACACCAUUAUCUUCAUGGGCAGAAUAGCUGAUCCUUGCUCCUAAAGGGGCUGUCAGGGCCUCGCUUCUCCCCUCUCUGCCUCUGGAAAAGGGGCGGCAGCCACAAAGCCCGGGCUGCUCCCAGGGUGGUCGGUCUUACUGUUUGGUGCAAACUGCAGGGAGGGACUGUAUCCAGCCGGGCCGUUACCGCUCCUCCCUGCUCUAUCAGGCGAGGGGGCUCAGAGGGUACCUCGCCUGCUCCAUCCUUCAUUCAAAAGGAAGCGGAAUUUUUUCUGGCAGCAGUAUUUUUGUGGCAUCUAAACCUGAGUCCAGUGUUGCUGUCAUUCUUAUAUCCAACCCUCCUCCCUUUCAGGCCUCAAACUGUA